AUGCUUGACAAAAGAGAUCCAUACCAGGAAGGGAGUAUUUGGUACUAUGCUCCCAACAAGGGCUCGCCUAUAGCCUUUGCCAUCCUGUUCAUGGCGUCUGGCCUAAUCCAUGCCUAUCAGUGCCAGAGAUAUAGAUCCUGGGCAGUUACGGGAAUGCUACCCUGGUCCGCCAUUCUAUUCACUGUCGGUUUCAUCCUAAGGGCUGUCGGCGCCUUUGGCGAGUGGGACAAUGUACCGAUCUAUAUUGCGAGCACUGUCUUCCUCUUGGCUGGACCGCCCGUCUACGAGGGUGCCAACUUCUUCAUUCUCGGCCGCAUCCUCUACUACAUCCCGUACCUCUCACCUAUACACCCCGGGCGUGUAUUCUCGACCUUUCUCGGGUUUCUCUUCUUCGUCGAAGUGCUGACGGCGAACGGAGCGGCCCUCCUAGCAAACACAGAGGCGACGCAGAGUCGGCGAGAUAUUGGCGAUGGCUUGCUUAAAGCAGCCCUGGUCCUGCAGCUUGCAGUCAUGGCCGGAUUUGUCUCUCUCGCCAUCUUCUUCCACGUAAGGUGCCACCGCGCUGGGCUCCUCACAGGAAAUCUCAUAACCGUCCUUGCGGUUCUAUACUGCAGCUGCACGUUCAUUACUACGCGUACGAUUUUUCGUACAGUCGAGUACUUCACUGCGGCAGGCCAGCAUAGCUGGGAUGACCCGGACGACGUUGACCCCAUCAUCAGGAACGAGUGGAUUUUUUGGUUCUUUGAGGUGGCCAUCAUGUACGCAAACACCACGAUGCUGAACAUCUUUCAUCCGAUGAGAUUCCUGCCGCGCUCGAAUAAGAUUUAUCUGGCCAAAGACGGUGUGACUGAAGUUGAGGGACCUGGGUUCAAAGACCCUCGUCCUUGGUACGUCACCUUUUUCGAUCCGUUUGAUAUUGCCGGCUUGAUCAAGGGCAGGCAGGUCAAGUACUGGGAAGUCGACGAAUCCGGGCAGGGAAAUGAAACGAAGGGUGUCAGAGACACCAGACCUAGUUGUCAUGUCUAA